AAUUCCAUAGCGGUGUGGAAGUGGAGAUAAUGGCAGAUGACAGAUGGCGUCGAAGUGUUUCGUACCAAGUGUCACGUUACUAAAAUGUUGGAUAGCUAUGGGAACGGUACGUUAAUGCAACCUAAAAGAUUCAACAGUGGUUAAAGUGUCUACUAAAACCUGGCGUUUCUGUUCAUAAAUGGAAAUGUCACCUCGUUUCACUCACUCUACGCUAUUGUAAGAUCUUCGUGACACACUGUCGUGUAUACAGAGGCAACGAUGUUGAGCUCAAAGGUAACCGAGAAAGGGACACUGAAGUACACCAGCGUAAACGACCUGUUACAAAAAGCAAAGGUCGAUUACAAAAACAAGAGACCGAUUGAAGUCUCGAAAAGGUUACCCAUCAUGUACAACAAAGCCGAAGAGAAUGGGAAACAGGGGAACGAAGAGGAUCAGUACAUCAUGCUGAGAAGAUGGCUGAAUUCUAUAGAAUGGUUGAAAACAACGCACGAGUACAAAGACGACAAGAUAUACUCACUGACGCAUUUAAAUGUUAAUCAGAUCAAUGAAGUAAAAAAAAUGCUUGCAGUUUUGAAGACAAAAUUAGACACGAGGUACAAGCAGCAAGCGAAAGCAAGAAUAUUAGAAAAGAGCACUACUUUGGAGAAAAUGGACAUUGAUAAUGAUGCCGGGAUCAAUUCUUUUAUGUCCUCGCUUGACGGUCCGAUACAACUGCCAGAAACUCCAACCAGAGAUCCAUUAGCUGGUGAUAACGAAGAGAUCAUAAACUGUGAACAGCUCUUUCAAUUGGUACAAGACUUAUAUGGCAGAUAUUUGAUAAUCGACAUUAGGUCCAAGUCGCAGUAUGAAAAUUCCAGAAUAAGGUCCAAUAAAUCUGUCAAUAUUCCAGCCAGUGAGAUAAAGAUCGGAUUAUUAGCACAGCAUUUCGAAAAAUACCUCCGUAAAGACAAAAAGGCUUUGCAGUUGUACAGAGAAAGAUCAGCCCAGUAUGUGGAUGUUACAAUUUUACUCGAUUGGAACACGUCGAGCAAGACUCUGGGGCUGAACAAUCCACUAAACGUGCUCAGGAAGAUUUUAGAGAGCUGGGACCCUGGCAUACAUAACAAGAAAGUUACUAUCUUAGAUGGCGGUUACAAGGAAUGGUUGACACGCUAUCCGGCGUAUACAACAAACCCUAAUAUCGUGGAGCCUAAAUUAAAUAAUACUUCGAUGGAAAUAUUGGAUGACAUUGAGUACCCUGAAUGGAUACACUUCGACGACGAGGAUAAUCUGAACAAAGCACGCGAAAAGAAAAUGUUUCUCUCGAAGUCUGUAAAUAAGGAAGAGAAUGCGAGGAUAAACGUUUCCACGAAUGAAAUAGGCUAUAAGCAGAUGGACGUGGAAAUACGUAAUAAUAUUGCUUCUAUAAAAUCGAACGACUUCAUGAACAGUGGUUCUACUAAGAUCAACACUGUGGAAUUGGAGAAAAUUAAUGUUAACAACGAUGUUUGGAAGGGAUUAAGCGAAACUCCGUCGAAGCUCGAACAGGAAAGGAAAUUAAGUGCGAGGAAGAAAACUAAUAUCUCCGUGAAACCGACUGUCGAUCGCAGUAAGAAACCGGUUUUGUUAGAUGCGUCCACGUCCGAAGCUAAGACUGUGUUGAAAUUACUGCGGCAGCUGAACGAACUUGCGAAAAUCCACAUGCGUUUGGAACAGGACAUCUUGGAACAUGAACGUUCCUUGUACGUGCAGUAUUUUACCGAGUACGAAGAAUCGAGUGAAGAGGCGUACAUUCGCGGGAACAGUUUGAAAUCUCUAUGCCGGAAAUUGGAGGAAAAGAAAAAGGAGUACAAGAAGCUCGAAGACGAACUUGAUAAGUAUUAUUCAAGGCCUGAGCCGAUCGAGUUCAACCCUGCCGAAGACAUGGAGAAACGCAACUUGGAAUUUAGUCUCGGUUCAGCAAAACUGGACAUGAAGAAUAUAGCCAAAGCGAGAAAGAAGCUGGGAGAGAAAACUGCGAAGAAUGAAUUCAAAGACUCGUCAAAUAAAACGGAUACUAGUAUUCACAAUGAGUCUUUAAAAUCGGAUGGUUCGUCGACGAUAAGUGGUGGUUUGGAGCGAUCGUAUUCUAGUCCGAAUUUGCUACAGCUAAUAGAUCGCAAAGCACCAAGAGUGGACAGGACGUCGAAGCCACAGAUUCCACUGCAUAGUCAAAACGGUUUACACAGCAAUGAAAAAGUGUCUCACAUUAGUUGGGCAAAUCGUGAAGAAAGGAUGACACCUGUUCAUGGAAGUGUGCAUCCAGGCAUAACAGGGUUAAAGAACUUGGGGAACUCGUGUUAUAUGAAUAGUAUUAUACAAUGCUUGAGCAAUACGACGCAUUUAGCCAAGUAUUUCACAGAUAACUUGUACACCGACGAUCUUAACACGAAUAACGAUAACAACACGCAAGGUCAAGUCGUAGAAGAGGUAGCUCAAGUGAUUAAAGCCCUUUGGAGAGGCCAAUACAAGAGCAUAUCUCCCCACGAUCUUAAGAUUGCUGUCGGACAAUAUAAAUUGCAAUUUGAAAGUUACGAACAGCAGGAUUCCCACGAGUUUCUGACUUUCCUGUUAGAUUGGAUGCACAACGAUUUAAAAAGGAAGUGUAAGGUGCCCUUAGAUAUGACUGUUGCAGAAGAAGCGUGGGACAAAGCAAUGGGAUCUAUGAAAUCAAUAAUAUCUGACCUGUUUUUUGGUCAGCUAAGGUCCACCAUUAUGUGCAGCUUUUGCAAACAAAGUAGCACUACUUACGAAAGUUUCAACAGUUUGACGACAUCGUUACCUCAUUCCAACCGGUGUACAUUAAACGAUUGUAUAUUACGAUUUGUAACCGGUCAGAAAGUAAUCGGUUGGAAGUGCCCGAAGUGUCAGACCCCGCGGGAGGCUACGAAAAAGUUCGAUUUCGUUAAACUCGCGCCCAUAGUGGUGAUACACUUGAAUCGUUUCGCUGAGAGUGGUGGCUGGCUCGAGAAGAGGAACACUGCUGUCGAUUUUCCUCUGACGGACUUUAAUUUGAAACCAUAUUUGGUUACAGACAGCAACACACCUACAAUUUCGAACAUUCGUAGCUAUAAUUAUAGUUUAUACGCAAUGUCUAAUCACUAUGGAACCAUGGAAGGUGGUCAUUACACGGCAUAUUGUAAAAAUGCCACCCAGAACAAAUGGUAUAAGUACGACGAUCAGACAGUAACAGAAGUUACGACGAACCAAGUGAAAUCGCAGAACACCAGUGCCUAUCUCUUAUUUUAUACGUCGUUUUCAAGCAACAUUAUUUAGUAUCAGCAUAAACAGCCGCGCGACGUGGUUAUCCGAAUUUAUUACUUAAAUAGUCGUAAAUGUUAUGUAACAAUGUAGAUAUUAAAUAUUUUUUGUAUGUAUGUGUAUUAAAUAUGUUAUUACAGGCUGUUCGGUGCUGGGGUAUGCAAACAAUAUGUAAAUAAAUAAUCGUAAGCAGACAUGUUAUUUCGGUACGCUAAAAUUUUUGUUGCGUCUCGUGACUUUCGAAUUGUAUUGGAAAAUAUUUAAAACGUCACUUCAUUUCACUGGGCACGGUACUGCAAUGUAUUUCAGUAAUGUUGUUACACUUUUGUAAUUUAGUUACUUUUUCUUCAUUCCUCUAUACUUUUGCAGAGAAAUGAAACUUUGUAAGAAGAAAAAAAAAGGUAUUCUAUGGUUUAUUUAAAAACUCAUUGCACAUUGUGUAAAUUAUUGUUUUUCGUUGAUGUUUCGCAUCUCUGUGUGUGUGUGCAAAACCCGAUCAAGAACAACGAUAGAUAAUUCUGCGAUGUUAAUUUUAUGAAGCACUUCCGAUUGGUCAUGUUGUGUUAGAACAGCCGAGACAUUGUUUUAUAAUGUUACUGUUUGAUGAAGCUGUGAUGACCAAACGAUUGUCCAAAACGUAGGAGAGAGAGAGAGAGGAAACGCAUUGUGUUCAAACAUUGCUUGUGAAAAUAUUGUUGACAAAUCAUUUGAUAUUCAUUGGACAUGAUGUUUCGAAAGUGCCAUCUCUAGUGUGCUUAUUUUGUAUAUGAAAUAAACAUUUUCAAGCUUAUAAACUCCC